AUGGCUCUGCGUCCACCUAGUCGCUCCGUGGGCAUCCGUUUCAUCGUCGUGUGCGCCAUUUUGCUUGCGUUUGUCCACCUGCAUCUGUAUGAGGGAGAAGGGAGGGUGUAUCAGUCCACGUGGGGAUGGAGGACUGAAACCGACAGAGGACAGAACCCAAGUCCCUACAACGGGACUAUCGAAGAAGGAUGUGAAGGCUUGACUGGAUUUGAUCGAAUCGUCAUAACUGUGAAGACCGGAGCAACAGAGGCAUCAAAAAAGAUUCCGACCCAGCUACGGACGUCAUUGAGAUGUGCUCCAUACGUCUACAUCUUUUCAGAUAUGGCGCAAUCAAUUGGGGAAACUCAGGUUUAUGACUCCCUGGAUGAUAUCGCUCCAUCGAUUGUGGAUGUCAAUAAGGACUUUGAUAUCUAUCGCAAACAGAAGGAGCUGCGUGACCCUGAGAAAAUCAUGGCCGAACUUUCGGAUAUGAGAGAUUCUCGGAUCAAAGAUGACUUAGCUGCAUGGACUCUGGACAAGUACAAAAACAUGCACAUAGUCGAGAAGAUUGGGGCUCUCAAACCUGAGAUGGACUGGUAUAUGCACAUCGAUGCUGACACCUAUGUAAUGUGGCCCAGCCUCAUCAGGUGGAUCCAACGACUCGACCCAUCGAAAAAGUCCUACAUGGGCUCGCUAGCCUUGAUCAAUGACUUGCCGUUCGGCCAUGGGGGAAGCGGUUAUCUGAUGUCGAGGGAAGCAAUGCGUACUUUCGCCGUUACCAAUAACGGCACCGCCGCCAAAUGGGACUCCAAGAUGCACGAGGAGUGCUGCGGCGACUGGGUUCUUGCCCAAGUUCUCAAGGAGUACAAAAUGGAUCUCAAGAACUCCUGGCCCACGAUAAAUGGAGAAACACAAUCGACUAUUCCCUUUGCCGAAGACCAUUGGUGUCAACCGCUGGUGACACUUCACCACAUCUCCUCACCCGAGGCAGAACAAUUGGGCAGCUUCGAAGCGAAGCGAAAAGACAAAAGCAGCCCCGUCACAUAUGAAGAACUCUUCAAGGACCUCGUCUCGGAUCUGAUCCCCGAUGAGCUCGCAAAUUGGGACAACCUCUCCAAAGACGGAACCGUUGCCAACAUCGCCACAGCCGAAGCAUGUGUCCACGCAUGCCAAGCUAACCAUAAAUGCCUGCAAUCGCGCUACGACGGUGCAGAAUGUUCUAUAGGAACGAAGCAUUUCUCGCUGGGCAAGAAACACGAGAUGAAGGACGGACUGCAAUGGUCCAGUAGCUGGAACAAGACGCGUAUCGCGGAAUGGGUGAGGAAACAGAAACCUUGCGGGAAACUGAAGUUCCCUCAUCAGGAACGGCCGUCGAAAUGGCUGGACGGAAGGCCUUGA